AUGGGGCUCGAACGUUGUGUAUGGAGCUUGCUACUGUUCCUUGCGAUACUGCAUAAGGUGUACAGUACAGUGCAUCCAAUUUCAUUAACAUGUGAACCACCGACAUGUCGAUUCAGCGGACUGUAUUACGCUUUGCCAGGGCAUACGGUCGCUCUGCAUAUAAAAUUUGACUCUGAUUAUUACAAUCAUGUGUAUUUCGAAAACUCAACCCUUCCUGUCAUACCGUUGACCCUGUUUUCGAAGGAUAGCGGUGUUCAAAUGCUUAACAUCUCCAGGUGUGAUCUGUACGAGGUGUCACCCAGAACGUUCCGGGCCGCAGAUGACCUAAAGUAUCUCUACCUUGACAACAACCGGAUUGAGAAGCUCUACGAUGGCAUGUUUAUUGGGGCAUUCAAUUUGGAAGAUCUCCGUUUGGCGAACAAUCAUAUCAAAACGAUCGAACAGCAGAUGUUUUUUGGAUUAAACGAGCUGCUGAAGUUAGAUCUGUCCGGAAACUUGAUACGAUCGCUCCCGAGAGGCAUCUUUGCUGAACUUAGUAAACUAACGAAAAUGUCACUGGCAGACAACUACUUAUCGCAUCUGGAGGAAAAUAUGUUCUCGGGCAUGACGGCGUUAGAAGAAUUGGACUUGAGCGGUAACAUUUUACGUAUCUUAGAGGCGGAUGCGUUCAACGGAUUGUUAAACUUGGAGCGAUUAAUUCUGCAAAAUAAUCGUCUAGAGGUGAUAGAUUCGCAAGCCUUUAGUCAAUUAGAAUUUAAGCUCAAGCAACUAGAUUUGAGCAAUAACAAUUUGAAGUCGUUAUCUAGUGAUGUUUUCAGACCGUUGAGCAGCUUGGAGACUCUGGAACUAAAUCAGAACUAUAUUUCUCAUCUUGACGAUACAUUGUUCGAAGGCAAUCCCAAUUUGGAGCUGAUAAAUUUGAACAAUAACACGAUCACCACACUAAAUCCAGCCCUUAUUGCGGGUCUGAGCAAUCUUGAGCGGUUCUCGUUCGAACAUAACCUGUUGCGAGAGUUGAAUGUGCAAAUGUUUGCGAACAAUUCGGCAAUCAAGCGUAUAUGGUUGACAGGAAAUCAUCUGAAGGAGAUACAUCCCGGUACGUUUGAUGGCAUGGGGCGCUUGGAAGAGCUGCAUCUGAAAACCAACUUGCUCACUUCCUUUGAGGGAGGUUUGUUGAAGGAUUGCAGUGCAUUGACGGAACUGUAUUUGUAUGACAACUCGAUUAAACAUCUGAAAGCUGGUGCGCUGCAAGGUGCAGUUAAUCUACAGACUCUCAACAUGGAUAAGAAUGAGAUAACAAUCAUCGAUGAACACUUCCUGGACGAUGUGCCACAAUUAGAAACCCUAUCUCUGGUUGAUAACUUCAUCAAGAGGGUACCUGUGGGGCUUUUUAGCAAACAAAAUAAUCUGACGUACAUCAUGCUAUCGGAAAACCAGAUAAAAGAAGUGGAACCGGACACUUUUAGUAUCGUGGAUAGUUUAUUGGAGCUGUACCUGGAUAGCAACCAAAUCGAACAUAUCGAAGCAGGCGUGUUAAAUCUGACGAGUCUCGAGUACCUUGAUCUGUCGCAUAAUUUAAUCAAAGAAUUGAACGAAGCCGCUUUGACAGGGGUACCCAAUCUAAAAACAUUAAGGCUGGAAUCGAAUCUCCUUGAGGACGUCCCACCUGCUAUCAACAAAACCACCAACCUAACCGAGCUUGGCCUUCAACGUAACCGUAUCAAGAAGCUGAAGACUGGACAGUUUAGUCAAAUGUCAAAUCUACUCACACUGAUGCUGGAUGGCAAUAUGAUACAUACGAUGGAACAGGACUGUUAUCGUGGGUUGGUAUCUCUUACAACGUUGGCAUAUGAAAAAAACAUGCCGGUUUACAAGUUCGACGAUAUAUUCAAGCAUUUGCCCAAUCUUACCAUGCUGUACUUGUACGAUACGAAUUAUUCGGGUAUGAAUAGCGUUACAUUCGGUUCAUUGAAGAAUCUAGAAUUUUUGUCGCUCAAUAGAAAUCCCAUGAUUGGGGUAGAUCCAGCAUUCUUGGUUGGCUUGAAGAACUUAACUAAGUUUUACGCAAGUUAUACCGAAAUCAGCUACAAUGGCAGCUAUUUCCAGGCACUUCCGAAAUUACAGAACAUAGUUCUUGUGGGUAACAACAACACAUCCAUCGAUGAGCACUUCUUUACAGGAGUACCUGGAUUGGUUUCCUUAGACAUUCAGGAUAACCCGUUACAGUCGAUUAGUGUAAAUGCAUUCCGAAAUCUGAGGAAUCUCACCGAGCUGUUCAUUGGACCGUACAAGGGAGAACUGAAGGACAUACUCACGGGUAAUACAGAGUUGAGCAAGCUGUACCUGAAACAAAUGAACUUUACUAACUUGUCGGAUCAAUUCUUCCGGGCGAAUCGGAAGUUAACAACGUUGACGAUUGAUGGAAAUCCGAACCUCUCUGCACUAAAGCCAGCCUGGUUUAAGCAUCUAUCAUGCCUGGAUUAUCUGGAUGUUUCAUCCAACAACAUUUCCGAUCUUCCAAUAGAGGUGUUCGAGAAUAUACCCGUUCUGCAUCAGCUGUUCCUAAUGAGCAACCCUCUGAGAGUGCUGGAUGUGAAUGCGUUCCAAAAUCUGACUGCAUUGACAUUGCUCGAUCUGGAGAACACUUCGCUCGCUGAACUUCCUGUCGGAAUAUUUGAUGGACUGUACAAGUUGGAAGAGUUGUACUUGAGUGAAAAUCACCUUGCAAACCUACGGAAUGGCACUUUCCGACAGCUGUACUCGCUACGUCUUCUGGAACUUUCCAAUAACUCGAUCGAACAUAUCGAUCCGUUCCUGUUCGCAGAUAUGCCAAGACUGAAGGAGAUUUAUCUGUCGUACAAUAAGCUGACUUCUCUGGAUGAACGUGUAUUUGCUUCUCAAUUAACUUUACAGGAACUAUCCUUGUCGCACAAUCGGAUUGUUACCUUUGAUUUGCAUGCGAUGAGCACGAUUGCACGUACACUAGUCUACCUUGCUUUGGAUACGAACAAGCUGAACUCAUUGAAAAUCUCUCCAAACUUGGAGUAUCUUACAGCAGACGAUAACCAGCUUUCAACGGUACUGCUACCCGAUUCGGACUACUAUCGAAUGACAAUAUUAUCAGUGCAGAACAAUAGCUUCACCUCGCUGGAGUCGAUCUACCGAUUCAAUCGAUUGCACGAGCUCAAUGUGACUCUGAACAGAAUUGCUAAAGUGGAUUUGGCGUUGGUGGCAGAGAAGUUCCAACGAUUGAACGUGUUCAAUGCAUCGUUGGCAGCCAUCGAGUCAUUGGGAAGUACGAUAAAGGCUUACGAACAUAGGACAUUGCGGCAUUUAGACCUGUCGAACAACACACUCACAGGGGUUGAGUUUAGUAAGCUGGGACAGUUUCCGAUGUUGGAUAGUUUUGCAUUCAGCGGAAAUCCUGUUGGAGAGAAGGACCUCUUACAAUUGGUGAACAAGUUCCCGAAGCUUCGCUUGUUCGACUUGAACGGUUUGGGUUUGAAGCCGAUCUUUGCACAGAAGAUUGCCAAUUACAGGUCGAACGAGAGUGGAUUUGAAAAUUGA